AUGCUUGGAAGUAAUGGUGCAGUUGGAUCGGAUGUGAUACCGCCGAUUUCGAUGCGACUCGAUGAUUUGGACCAAAAACGACCUGCAAAAGGGCAGUUGCGAAUGUGA